AUGUCAGAUCAUCAUCACCAUUCAAAUGGCAGUGGAUUGUCUGAUAAGGAUUUGUUUGAGACACGAUGUCUCAGUCAGUACUUGCAAUCGAAAAUACCAACAAACUAUGAUUCUCUCAAGCAAUCACUGAGAGAUGCGACCGACAAGAAGAACUCGUCAAAGAUACAAACAUCACUACAGAACUUAACUUAUUAUAAAGUCGAAAAAGAUAUUCUAGAUACAUUAUUAUCAAUUAUAUCGAUGACAGACGAUAAGAAGAUAUUGAAAUUAGCAUACUAUUUCUUAGUUGAGAUAUCUGCAUAUAGAACACAAAUCAAUAACUCUGCUGAAAUUAAAAAUAUGAUUACAAUAUUCACAAAGGAGAUGAACCAUAAGGAUAUCUCUAGAAAAGUAGUGUCUUUAAAGACCACUGCAAUGUUGGCACCUAACGACUCACUUGUAGAUUCAAACAUAAUGGAGGUUAUCUCUGGUAUUCUCAGAAAGGUCGGUGAAGAUCCCGACAAAGUACAGAAAAAGAAGGGUUUCUUCUCAAAGGUAUCCGACCUUGGAAGAGAAAGAGCAUUACUUCAAUAUGCAUGUUUCGUAGCUUGUAGAAAUAGAUUUAAAAAUAAUCCAUCACUUUUCAUGCCAAUUGUAGAAGGUAUUAAAUGUACAGAUCAAGUAGGUGCACGACAUGCAGUACAAUUGACAUUGGAUUAUGCAAAAGAGAAUGUUUCAACGGUUGCUGCAACCAUUAAGAGAUUCCUCCCGUUGCUCAAAGCCAACAAGGGUAAGGAAGCAGUUGCGUUGAUCGAUCCAUUCGCUCGUCGUUCUUUCAUUGCUUUGUGUGGCCUGAUUGCCAAGCAGUCAAGUCCAGCCGAUAGCAAAGACUUCUUCCAGAACAUCUGUCAGUCCGUCAUGGAUUCGCACACUGCCGUCUGGUGCUGCGCCAUCAACACACUCUGCAAAUUCCCAUGGAAAACACUCGAGUCUGGAACAAUCGAACCGAUCUCCACUACCGACAACGACACACCCAGUUACUACGACCCCAUUGGCAACGUCACUCCGCUACUCGUCGGUAUUUCCAAUCGAAUUAAAACCGGAUUUGCCGUGCAUAUUUCAUCGCAUGCCACUCAGCAAUCGGUGCCAUUCACUCACAUGGCUUGCAAGCUAAUCAACUCACUGUCACAGUCGUAUGUCAAACAUCAAUAUCCCAAGGAUGCAGCACAGAAUCCACAGGUCGGCGUCUGGACCGAGCUCGAAAAGUCCGAUCCCAAGAUGCCGGUACAUCCAUUCGCCGGCUUGACAGCUGCCGUCACCAGUCUACUCCAGAUCUCACCAAACAUUUCGAUUCGUGUGCAGGCACUCAGAGCAUUGGUAUGGCUGUGUCCGUCCAGUCUUUGUCCAGCGGCACGCGCCUUCUUUGACAUCUUCAAGGCGCAGUUGUACGAGCCUGGCCACCCGAUUUUGUUGUUCCGCGAACUGUUUGGCGAGCUCUACAAGCGUAUUGUUGAAACACCGAUUCUCUCGCCAUUCCUCCUGCAACUGGUCUACGACUGGAUCGACAUAGUUCCACACAAAGUCGACACCAGUCUCGUCCGCCAGAUCUGGGAGACCAUCUUGAAUUUCGGCUUGGAAGGACGUGAACGUGUCCUUCAGAAUUGUUUCUCAGUGAUGGACCGUUCGAUUCAUCCAGAUUUCCGUGUUGUCAGUCUCGAGAUUCUCAAGGACAUUGUUUUCUUCCUAGGUGACUACGCCAAUGUGAUCACCUACGAGAACCAAAACAAUUCGACAACACUGGCCGUCACCGACAACCAAGCACUCAACUCUAUCAUCUUGCGAUUGGAACAAUACGCCAUCUUCCACCCAUGGCAAAUCAGAAUGACAGCCAUCGAUGCCCUAGCGAAAAUCGCAUUCCUUUCAUCCAGCGCAGUUAGAAUACAUAUAUAUCAUUUCUUAACUACAUCUCCAAAUGAUUCUCAUGGAUGGACAUCAGUUAAAUCAAAUAAUUCGACAAUCAUCAAUAUUAUAGAUCAAUUAUUAACACUCAGAUCAAAAUGGUUACCAUUAUUAAAAACGAUCAAUCCAACACAAAAGAAAGAACUAAUCAACGACCACAACUCUCUUACCCUUCAAAUUGGAAUGUUUUUCGAUAGUCCUCCAACCGAUUAUUAUCCUAUUGGUAUAGAGACAAAACAAUUAGUUAUAUAG